AUGAGAAGGCCUAUAUACAGUACACCUCUGGUGCAUGGAAUGAUGAAAAGAUCCAUGCCAAAAUCUCCAUUUCAUACACUGCUUGCCUUUUGCUUCUGGUGCAUACACCUCUUGUGUUUGGUGGAGAGAUGCAAAGCUCAAGAUACAACUAAUGCUACAACAGACCCAGAUGAAGUGAGAGCUCUUAAUGCCAUUUUCCAACAUUGGGGUCGUUCUGCUUCUAAUGAAUGGAACAUAAGUGGAGAGCCAUGUAACGGGAUCGCCGUUAAUUCAUCAACGAUUAGCAACCCAGGGAUCAUAUGUGAUUGCUCAUUCAACGGUGGAUCCACCUGCCACAUAACCCAAAUCAAACUGAAGGGGUUGAAUGUGAAAGGGCCAAUUCCGGAAGAGCUCCAAAACCUGACUUUCUUGACACACCUGGAUUUUACGCAAAACUACAUAACGGGUACCUUGCCAGCAUUCAUCGGCAAUUUAAGGUCCAUGCAAUACUUUACUGUUAGUAUGAAUGCCUUGUCAGGCAGCAUCCCAAAAGAGCUGGGAAACCUUCAGAACGUAAUCUCCUUGGGUAUAAGCUCAAAUAACUUCUCUGGUUCGCUCCCACCUGAGCUGGGAAAUUUGACCAGUCUGCAACAACUAUAUAUGGAUAGCAGUGGGCUAAGCGGCGAGAUUCCUUCAACAUUUGCUAGCUUGAGAAACAUUCAUAUCUUGUGGGCCUCUGAUAACCAGUUCACAGGAAGGAUACCUGAUUUCAUUGGGAGUUGGAAUCUUACCAAAUUGAAUAUGCAAGGCAAUGCUUUUGAGGGUCCGAUACCAUCGAGUUUUUCCAAUUUGAUCUCACUGACUGAUUUGCGGCUCAGUGAUGUGUCUAAUGGGAGCUCAUCGUUGAAUUUUAUUGAGAAUAUGACAUCUUUAAACAACUUAGUCCUAAGAAACAAUAUGCUUUUUGGUACUAUCCCGUCCACCAUUGGAAGACACCGAUUAUUGAUGCAGAUGGAUUUGAGCUUCAACAAUUUAAGUGGACAAAUUCCAGAGUCUCUCUUCAAUAUAGGUUCACUUGUUUACUUGUUUCUUGGAAACAACAUCUUAUCCGGUACACUGCCAUCCCAAAAAAGCAAUGGACUUCUUAAUAUAGAUUUAUCAUACAAUCAAUUAUCAGGAAGAUUUCCAUCCUGGGUUUCAGAAGGCGGCUUAAACUUGAGCUUGGUGGCAAAUAAUUUCAUAUUCGAUAGUUCUAACAGCAGUGGUUUGCCUUUAAGCUUGAAUUGUCUUCAGCGAAGCUUUCCAUGCAAUAGGAACCCUCCAAUCUAUUCUUCAUUUGCGAUAAGGUGUGGUGGGCCCACAAUGAUAACUACCAACACUGAGUAUGAGGCAGACAAUGCAACUCUGGGCCCAGCAUCCUAUGAUGUCACCAACACAGAGAAGUGGGCCGUCAGUAAUGUCGGAAGGUUUAGUGAUGGCAGCAACACUAGAUAUUUCAGAUAUGAUCAGGAUGUAUUUUCGAAUACAGUAGACUUGGGGCUGUUCCAAUAUGCAAGGCUAUCACCAGGAUCGCUGAGAUAUUACGGUCUGGGGCUCGAAAACGGGAACUACACUGUAAAUCUGAAAUUUGCAGAGACGGAAUUUCCAGAUUCACAAUCAUGGCAGAGCACUGGAAAGCGCAUUUUCGACAUUUAUCUUCAGUUAAUGGUGCGGGGUAAACUGGAAUGGAAAGACUUCAAUAUAAAAAAGGAAGCAGGUUCUGUCUACAGAGCCAUUGAGAAGCAACGACAGGUUAUGGUAUCCCAAAACGUACUUGAAAUUCAUCUCCUUUGGGCUGGAAAGGGAACUUGCUGUAUACCUUCACUAGGCACUUACGGACCCACCAUCUCGGCCAUCCGUGUUACUCCUAAUUUUGAACCGACUGUCAGGACUCCAGUCACUCCACAAACUUCAGGAAAGAAGAACAAGACUGCUUUGGCUGUUGGAAUUUCAGUUUCUGUAGGAGUUCUAUGCAUUGUAUUGGUUGUUGUAGUUUUUAUCCGGAAAAGGAGUCAAACGAUGAGCACUGAUGAAGACGAAGAGUUUCUUGGAAUGGGUCUCAGACCAAACACUUUCAGUUACAUGGAACUGAAGACCGCCACCGAAGACUUCAAUUCUGAAAAUAAGCUGGGCGAGGGAGGAUUCGGGCCUGUUUUUAAGGGUAAACUGCUUGAUGGGCGGAUAGUGGCCGUGAAGCAACUCUCAGUAGUAUCUCACCAAGGAAAUAAUCAGUUUGUAGCAGAGAUUGCUACUAUAUCUGCUGUCCAACAACGGAACCUCGUGAAGUUGUAUGGAUGCUGCAUUGAGGGAGUGAAUCAGCUCCUUGUUUAUGAAUAUCUGGAAAACAAGAGCCUAGAUCAAGCACUCUUCGGAGAGAGUACCUUGCAUCUGGAUUGGCAUACCCGCUUGGAGAUAUGCUUGGGGACGGCAAGAGGUCUCGCUUACCUUCACGAGGAAUCCAGGCCUCGCAUUGUUCACAGGGAUGUCAAAGCCAGUAAUAUUCUACUCGACGCGGAUCUCAAUCCAAAGAUAUCAGAUUUUGGUUUGGCCAAGCUCUAUGAUGACAAGAUGACCCACAUCAGUACACGUAUCGCAGGGACAAUGUAA